AAAGAUGGCGCUACGGAUUCCGUUGUUGCUAUGACUCCCCCAAUUGUUGAAUUUGAGGGAAAUAACAGUUUGAUCUGUUAGUACUUUUUAGGUGAUAAUAUAAUACUAUUUUUAACAUUACCAUUGUUUCAAAUAGGAAAUAAAGUGAUGGAAGGAUUUACUUAUCAACAGAUUAAAGAUCUUCAGCAGUUAAUCACCUGCCCUAAAGAUUCAGAUUCAGAUUCGGAUAGCGAAGAUCUGAAGCAACGUUUAUCACGUCAAAAAAUCAGCCCUGGAGACAUUGGUAAGCCAAGCACAACAAUAACUAAUGCGACUGCCGAUGAAGCUCAGCAAAAUACAAAAGAUUCCAAUAUAUGGCAUCCGUUGGAAGUAAAUGUCGGAAAGAAUAUUCAGGACAAGGAUCCACGAAUAGUUCCUAAAUAUGAGAUGAAAUUUAAACAAACCGUUGGCACGGAAGAUAUUUUUCUUGGAAUGAAUCUAAAAACACCGGCAACCGCUUCUUGCAAGUGGUUAACGAUACUGGUUACGCUACCCUCGGAAAAAAUGGAAAAAAUCGAGUUAUCCGUAGAAUAUGACGUCAUCGAUAUACGCAGCCCCAAAUAUCGGUUACAACUGCCAACGCCUUUCUCCGUCGAUCCAAAUAGUUCGUCGGCCAAGUGGAAUCCCGAUAGCGAAUGCUUGGAAUUGACGCUGAAACUCUGUAGGGAGCUCGACAAUAUUAAUUUCUAAAAGCAGCAUAAAGUAACGAGUGUCACCAAAUUAAGCACAUUUAA